AUGUUUCUUCCCAGUGUGCACGCCGAAACAGACCAGGGAGUGCUCCUCCAAUUCAUCAGUGAGAACCCGCUGGGUAUCUUGAUCACGGGCAUUGAGUCCGCCCAACAAGAUUUCCUACAAUGCACGCACAUCCCCUGGGUAAUUGACCUACCAAAUGAAACCAACACAGCAGAGCCACCACGCCUCCGCGCCCACAUCGCCAAGCAGAACCCGCAAGUAAAGGCGAUGAUGGACCAGGUGGACAACAAGCCCCCGAACGUGCUGGAGCUCGACGACGACGUACUGGUCCUCUUCAACGCCAAGCACAACCACUACGUAACCCCGAAAUACUAUACCGAGACCAAGCCCGACACGGGCAAGGUCGUGCCGACAUGGAACUACUCCGCCGUCCAGGUCUAUGGCAAGCUCUCGCUGUACUACGACUCCAAAACACCCGAGGCCGGCGCUUUCCUGGCGAAGCAGCUGCGGGACCUGUCGCAGCAUACCGAGACGUCGAUUAUGGGGUAUACGGGCGGCGAUCGGCCGGGGCCUUGGAAGGUGGAUGAUGCGCCGGACCGCUAUAUCGAGCUGAUGCAGAGGAAUAUCGUUGGGAUUGAGAUCCGCGUGCAUAAGGUGCAGGGCAAGUUUAAGAUGAGUCAGGAGAUGCGUCCUGGGGAUCGGGAGGGCGUGGUGAAGGGGUUUGCGGGGCUGGGAAGUGAGACUGGGACUGCUAUCUCGGCUUUGGUGAAGGAGCGAGGGGAGUUACAUGACCGGAAGAAGGAGGGAGCGAAGAAAUAG